AUGAACGGAAUCAAGGGCUUAGGUCUGGGCUUAUCUAAAGCCUCGUGGCGCUUGCAUUCUCUUUGUCUGUUGCUUGCUCUUGGCUCAUUUGUUUGGGGAUACAAUGUUGGCGUUCUCGCCUCCGUCCUCGCUCAUCCCGGCUUCCGCGAGACCAUUCCCGGCUAUGGCCCGUACAGGCGUGGACUCAUCACGGCCAUCUACUACCUCGGCACAUGGCUGAGUUAUGUAUUCUUUUCCCGCCCCGCCGCGGACCUGCUCGGCCGUCGCUAUGCUGCCAUGGUGGGCAUGUCCGUGUUAUGUGUAGGUCAGGCACUUCAGGCAGCUGCUUCGGGGUCGGUGGCGCUUAGUAUGGUGAUAUGUGGUCGGGUUGUUUCUGGUAUGGGCACUGGUAUCGUCUCGACGAGUGUGCCGUUGUAUCAAAGUGAAAUUGCCCCGGCCAAACAACGAGGCAAACUGGUUGUUUUGAACCAUGUCGGGUUUGUAGCUGGACUUGCUUCGGGCUUCUGGGUGGGCUACGCCAUAACCUUUUGGAGCGACACGUACGGCUACCAGAGCGGCUGGCGCUUCUCCGUCUCCCUCUCCUUCAUCCCGGCCCUGCUCUUCCUCACCGGGCUCCCCUUCCUAUACGAAUCUCCCCGGUGGCUCGUCGAGCACGGUCGCGUCGACGAAGCCCUCAAAGCCCUGAAAUUCUAUCGCGAAGGCUCCUUCACUCCUUCGCAGAUCCAGGAUGAACUGACUGACAUCAAGCGCAACGUAUCCGCCUACCAGGCCACAAGCUUGAAGAAAUGGACCGCCCUGUUCACCAAACCCAGCUUGUUCUCGCGACUCUGGCGAGCGACGCUGCUGCACUUCAUGGCGCAGAUGUGCGGCGCCACGGCGAUGAAGUAUUACCUGCCGGACCUGUUUAGGGUGUUGGGACUGAGCCCAAGGACUUCACUGCUGGCGGGCGGGAUCGAAAGUACCCUCAAGAUCGGGUGCACGGUGUUGGAGAUGUUUGUUAUUGACAAGGUGGGGAGAAGGGUGACGUUGGCUGUUGGGGCGGCGAUUAUGGCUUUUGCUUUGUUGAUUAACGGCGCCCUCCCCCUAGCUUACCCCAACAACACCAACCGCGCCGCAGACUACACCUGCGUCGUCUUCAUCUUCAUCUACUCACUCGGCUACAGCAUGGGAUUCGGACCGGCAGCUUGGGUCUACGGAUCUGAGAUCUUCCCUACUGCCGCUCGCGCGCGUGGGUUGAGCUUCGCUGCUUCUGGCGGGGCUGUGGGCUCGAUCAUUGUCUCUCAGCUGUGGCCUAUCGGUAUUGCUGAGCUUGGGUCCAAGAUUUACUUCUUCUUUAUGGCGGUGGACUUGGUGUGCGUACCGAUCAUCUUCUUGCUUUACCCGGAGACCAAGGGCCGUCCACUGGAAGAUAUGGAGGUGUUGUUUGGUGGGUAUGAGGGGAGGACGCCGUCGACUACGUCUUUGCUUUUGGCGGAUGAGAGGGACGAGGAUGAUGAAGAUGAGGAUGAGACGCCGGAUAGGCCUUUGUUGGGUGACGGGAGAGAUGGGAGAAGCUUGGCAAGGUAG